AUGGAGGAAGAGAGUGGGGGUGGAGGAGUGCUGAGGGCGACAGGCUCUGCUGCUGCCAGUGAGUUGCGCCGGAAGCUCCAGGGCAGAGAAAGUGUUUUCGAGAUUGGGCAGGGACCGGACGAGGUGGUCCGAUUGGUGGACACGGAGGCGAAGCUACCCAAAAGGAAGAAGAAAGGGGAGGUUGCUGUUGGGGUGGUAAGUGAGAAGGCUGGGGAAGGCGGGGAGGAGGGGAAAGGAGGUGGAGGUGAGAGGGAGGGGGUGGUGGACGAUACAGAGAAGAAACGGGGUAAGAGUAAGGAUUCGAAUACGGAUAGGCAGCAGCAGCAAAUGCAGCAGCAGAAGGAUAAGAAGGAUAAGAAGGAGCAGAAGGAUAAGAAGGAUCAGGGAGGCAGCAAAGAGCAGGAGGAUGGAAGCAAAGGCGAGUUUGACCCGCUGUUAGCUAUCAGCAACUCGCCCAAAGGUGCACGGCGAGGCGCUCCCAGGAAGAAACCCUUAGAAGCGCUGCUGGCAGUGGGGGCUCCAGGGGGGGCUUCAGUGGGGAGGGAGCAGGGCGGGGAGCACCGGGAAGGGGUGGGUUUGAGCCGACUCAAGCAGCAGAGGGGGAGAGGGCGGGAGGAGGGGGAGGGGAAGGUUGGGGAGGGUGAUGGGAGGAAGUUGGCUGGGGAGGAGGGGGAAGGUGGUGUGGGAAAGGGGGAAGGUGGUGUGGGGAUGAGAGGUGCAGGUGGUGGUGCGAGAGGGGGUAAAGGGAGAGGAAGAGCGGGGGGGAGGAAUUGGGGGAGUGCGAUUGCGGUGCUGCUGGAAACAGGGGAGGCGGGUGACAGAGACGGGGGAAGCAGGGAGAAGGGGAAGACGGACGGGGGGAAGACAGAAGGGGGGAAGAUGGAAGGGGGGAAGAUGGAAGGGGGGAAGAUGGAAGGGGGGAAGAUGGAAGGGGGGAAGAUGGAAGGGGGGAAGAGGGAGGAGGGGAAGACGGAUGGGGGGAAGGCGGAAGGGGGGAAGACGGAUGGGGGGAAGGCGGAAGGGGGGAAGACGGAUGGGGGGAAGGCGGAAGGGGGGAAGACGGAUGGGGGGAAGGCGGAAGGGGGGAAGACGGAUGGGGGGAAGGCGGAAGGGGGGAAGACGGAUGGGGAGAAGGCGGAAGAGGGGAAGACGGAUGGGGGGAAGGCGGGAGGGGUGAAGACGGAUGGGGGGAAGGCGGAAGGGGGGAAGACGGAUGGGGGGAAGGCGGAAGGGGGGAAGACGGAUGGGGAGAAGGCGGAAGAGUGGAAGCCGGAUGGGGGGAAGGCGGAAGGGAUGAAGGCGGAUGGGAAGAAGGCAGAGGGGGAAAAGAUGAAAGGGGGAAAGGCCGAUGUGGGGAAAACAAAUGGGAGGAAGACGAACGAGGGGAAGAGAGAGGGUGGAAAGACGGAUGCGGCGGAUGAAGAGAAGAAAGAUGGUGAGGAUGCUGAUGCUGCUGUUGACCUGCAGAGUGAAUCUACUGAUGCUGGUGGUGAUGGUGGUAUUGGUGGUGGUGGUGAUGGUAAUGGUGGUGAUGGUGGUGGUGGUGAUGGUGGUGAUGAUGAUGAUGCUGUUGUGCUGGAUAGCAGCAGUGAGGACGCAGUGGAGGUGAUUGGUGGGAAGCGGAAAGGGAAGGGGGCGAAGGGGAAAGGGAGAAUGGGCACAACAAAGAGCGGGAAGCGCAGUAGGAAAGGGGAGGAGAAGCAGAAAGGGAAGAAAAAACAGGAAGUGGAGGAGGUAGAGGAGGAGGAAGAAGAGGAGGAAGAAGAGGAGGAAGAAGAGGAGGAGGAGUGGCAAGCAGGAGAAGCGAGGGAGAAGGGCCGGAGGCAGAAGGGCCAGGGGAAGGAGCAGCAGAAGGGGCCGGGUAAAGGCAAGACUGCAGGGACGGGUGCAGACGGGACGGGGCCAACAGCGGGGUUGAGAAAGGUGUCUAAAGAGACAUCAAAGGAGACAUUGAAGGAGGUGCAGGUGAAGGGAGGUGUGAAGAGGAACGCAAAAGGGGAUGCGAAGGAGGAUGGUAAGGGGCAUGGGAAGGGGGAUGGGAAAGGGGAUGGGAAGGCGGAUGGGAAGGGGAAUGGGAAGGGAGGUGCAAAGGCAGCAGAGGCUGCUGAACCAGCCGUCAUCAGUAGUCCUAGGAGGACCAGUGCGAGUGGCGGGGGCAGAAGGAGCAAGGCUGUUCCAAUCCGUGCUGCUGCUGCUGCUGCUGUUGCCUCCCCGCCCGGGCCCUCUUCACCCCUCGCCUCUCCCACCGCUGCUUCUCCCUCUGCUGCCAAGAGGAGGAGGAGCGAUGGGAAGGAAACAAGUGUGGUGGAGACGAGGGGUACUGGUGGAGGGGCAGGAGAAGGCAGCAAAGGCGGCGGUAAGGGCAGCAGGAGCAGCAAGAGGGGCAAGGCGGCGCAGGGACGUGGGACAAGCACUGGAACAGGCAGUGGUGGUAGCAGUGGCGAGGAGGACGAGGAGGGUGGUCGCGUUUCUCCUGCUGCUCCUGCUGCUCCUGCUCCUGCAGUGGUGGCGGCUGCUAGAUCAGGCAGGCCGCACCGUGCUGCUGCUGAGAAGGCCAGUUCGUUGGGUGCAGCGGGGCUGUCCUCUCCGUCUACCCCAAGCAAAGCCAUUCGGGGCAUGAAUCGCAUGUGCCACCAGUGCCAGCGCAACGAUAAGGAGGAGGGCGUGGUGUACUGCCAGCGCGUGCCCACCCACCGCUUCUGCCUCCCCUGCAUCCGCCAAUGGUACCCUAUGUACACAGUGGAGGAGAUAAUCGCCUUCUGUCCCAAGUGCCGUGGCAACUGCAACUGCAAAACCUGCCUCCGCACCCGCAUCCCUGCACCCUAUCGGUCGGCAGGGGCAUCGGCAGAAGAGCGAGCGGGCAUGGCGUGCCGAGUGCUGCGCUAUGUGACUCCCUUGCUGGCCGAUCUGGUGCAGCAGCAGGAGGAGGAGACGAGGCUAGAAGCUGCACUCCAGGGCAAAGACCCGAAAGAAGUGGAUAUCCAGCGAGUGAAGAUUGCAGUAGACGAGCGCAUCUUCUGUUCACACUGCCAGACAUCCAUCAUUGACCUUUUCCGCAGCUGCCCGGACAAGGACUGUGAUUUUGACCUCUGCCUUUCCUGCUGCAGAGAUUUGCGGGCGGGGAAGGUACCCCCAGGAGAGGUGUUUUCUGAAGAGUCUGAGGGAGGAGAUGGGGAGGAGGAGGGAGAGGAAGAAGGGAGAGGAGAGAAGGAGGGAAGAGAUGAUGAGGUUGAAACUGAGGGAGGAGGGGGAAAAGGAGGGGUGAAAGGCAAGAAAAGGAAGGGUUCUUCGGGGUUAGGAAAGGCGGGCAAGAAAAGGAAGGCUGGCAGUGGUGGUGGGAGUGGGUCGACUAAGGGAGGAUCUGUUGCGAGCAUGCUGAUGAAAGAGCUGGGAUUGUCUGCGGAAUUAGAGGAAAAAGGUGGUGCUGGUGCGGUUGAUGCUGCUGUUGAUGCUGAUAGUGGGGAUGGUGGGGAUGGAAGGGAUGGAGGCGGUAGGAAGGCGAAUGGGGUGAGAGUUCCUUGGGUUGCUGAUGCUUCGGGGGCGAUUCGAUGCCCUUCUGUGCGCUGCAGAGUGGUGGAUGGAGGCAGGGGGGAGGGUAACGAGGAAAGGAAGGAGUGUGGGGAGGAGGGAGGGAAGAACGGGGAGAAGGCACGUGAGGAAGGGAAGAAGGGCAAGCCGGAGAGAGGGGAUGGAGAGGAGGGGAGUCGGGUGGAUGGGGAUGGUGUUUCGGUCGCAGAUGCUAUGGAAGUGGAGGGUGUCGCGAGUGAGAAGGUGGAAAGGAAGAUGGGUGAGAAUCAGGUGGGCAAGGAAGCUGGUGGAAAGGUGGAAGAAAAGGUGGUAGGGAAAGUGGAAGGGAAGAUGGAGGAGAUCAAGCAGGAAGAGCAGUGGGAGAGCAAGAAUAGGCUGGUGCUGUGCAGUGUGAGGGGCCGCGGGUGGCUGGAGGGGCUCCUUCAUCAGUGUGAGCAGCAUGUGGGGGGUGAUGGGGGAGAGGGGGUAAAGGGAGAGGGGAAGAAAGGAGAAGGGGAGAAGGGAGAGGGGAAGAAAGGAGAAAUGGAGAAGGGAGAGGUGGAGAAAGGAGAGGGGGAAAAGGGAGAAGGGGAAAAGGGAGAGGGGGAAAGUGGAGAGGGGGAAAAGGAAAUGGGGGAGAAGGAAGCGGGGGGAAAGGGAGAGGGGAAGGAAGGAGAAGGGGAGAAGGGAGAGGGGGAAAAGGGAGAGGGGGAAAAGGGAGAGGGGGAAAACGGAGAGGGGGAAAAGGGAGAAAGACAAAAGGAAAUGGGGGAGAAGGAAGAGGGGGAAAAGGGAAUGGGGGAAAAGGAAAUGGGGGAGAAGGGAGAGGGGAAGAAAGGAGAAGUGGAAAAGGGAGAGGGGAAAACGGAAGUGGGGAGAAAGGGAGAGGGGAAGAAAGGAGAAGGGGAGAAGGGAGAGGGGGGAAAGGGAGACGGGAAAAAGGGACACGGGGAAAAGGGAGAGGGGGAAAAGGGAGAGGGGGAAAAGGGAGAGGGGGAAAAGGGAGAGGGGGAAAAGGGUCAGGGGGAAAAGGUUCAGGGGGAAAAGGGAGGUGUGUUAGAGACGAAAGAAGGGGAGAAAGGAGGAGUGGAGGUAGGCAGGGCGAAAGAAGCAGUAGUAGAGGGUAAGGCAAGCAUGGAUGUAGCAAGCAGUGCGGGGAAGGGGUGUAGGGUGUGCGAGGAUAAAUCCUCACACAUGCACCGACUCAUGCUGGCUCUUGCUUCUGUGUGGAGUGAUUUACAGCGCAAGCGGAACGAGAGGGUGAUAGCAUGUGAGGAGGAUGGGAAUGCCCUCAACCUCUUCAAACACUUCAAAACCGCUCUCAACCGCGAUUGCCACGCCAACAGCCUCCUCUGGGCCUCCUGCCGCCCGGGCAGCACCGACAAUUUCCUCUUCUGCCCGACCCUGCCUUGGCCGAGGACAGAAGCAGAGGAGGGAGAGGGGGAAAAGAAAAAACAGGGAAAUGCGGGAAGAGAAGAAGCUGGAAAAGCGGAGAAGAAGGAGGAGGAGGAAGAGGAGGGGCGCGAUGAGGCAAAGUUGGUGGCGCAUUUUCAGAGGCACUGGGAGCGUGGAGAGCCGGUGGUGGUACGGCAGGUGUUGGAUCUGAGGCAUGGGCUCAGUUGGGAGCCUCUGGUUAUGUGGAGGGCGUUUAGAGAGACGACGCCUGGGGCGCAGAUGAGUGAGAAGACCACCGUUGUCGCCAUUGACUGCCUUGACUGGCUUGAGGUGGAGAUCAACACGCGGCAGUUCUUUGAGGGCUACUGGUCGGGGCGCAUGCACUCGUCCUGCUGGCCGGAGCUGCUGAAGCUCAAGGACUGGCCGCCCGCGUCCUUCUUCCACGUGCGCCUGCCCCGCCACGGCUCUGAGUUCAUCAACGCGCUCCCCUUCCAUGCCUACCUGCAUCCCGAGGAGGGCGACACGAAUGUGGCUGCGACGGCUGCGGCGCCUAAGGGGAGUUUGCGGCCGGACCUGGGGCCCAAGACGUAUAUCGCGUAUGGGGUGAGGGGGGAGCUGGGCGCGGGGGACUCGGUCACGAAGCUGCACUGCGAUAUGUCUGAUGCGACGUAUAUCGCGUAUGGGGUGAGGGGGGAGCUGGGCGCGGGGGACUCGGUCACGAAGCUGCACUGCGAUAUGUCUGAUGCGACGUAUAUCGCGUAUGGGGUGAGGGGGGAGCUGGGCGCGGGGGACUCGGUCACGAAGCUGCACUGUGAUAUGUCUGAUGCGGUGAACGUGAUGACCCACUGCCAGGAGGUGCCUCUGAAGCCCUUUCAAGAGAAGCUCGUGCGGCGGGUGCGAGAGGAGGUGGAGAAGGUUAGGGCGAAGGGAGGAGAGAGGGGGAGUGAGAGGAGAAUGGUAGGGAAGGAGAGGAAGGAGAAGGAGAGGAAGGAGAAGGAGAAGGGGACGGGGAAGGGGAAGGAAGAGGUGGAGGAAAAGCAGGAGGAAAAGGAGGAGGAGAAGGAGAAGGGCAAGGGAAAGGAGAAGGAGGAGAAGGAGAAGGAAAAGGAGAAGGAGGAGGAGGGGGGGAAGGAGAAGGAGGAGGGGGAGAAGGAGAAGAAGGACAAGGAGAAGGAGAUAAAUCUUGGUGAUGCGCUGUGCCUUCUGCAUUCUGCUUUCCCUCAGCACCCAUCUCCAUCUGCUGCUGCUCCUGCUUCUCCUCUCCAUGCCACACCAUCCAAGCCUUUGGCAGUGACGGGAGGUGAUGUGAAAGUCCCACCUGUUCUUGCUGCUGGUGCGGCUGUGACUGGCGUUGAUAACAAGGGGUUUCAGAAGCAGAAGGAGGUGAAAGAAAAGGAGAACGGUAAAGCGGAGAAGGAAGAGGAAGAGGAAGAAGAGGAGGAGGUGGAGGAGGAUGAGGAGGAGAGGGAAGGGGCGUGGUUCAACGAGAGGGGAGGGGCGCUGUGGGAUAUAUUCCGGCGGGAGGACGUGGGCCUGUUGAGGCAAUACAUUCGAGAGCACAAGCAUGAGUUCACCCACCUCCACAACAAGCCUCUAUCCUCGCUAGAGCAUGAGGUUCACGACCAGACCGUGUAUCUCUCCAACCAUCACAAGCGCCAGCUGCAAGAGCAAUACGGAGUGCAAGCAUGGACGUUCCAGCAGCAGAGAGGCGACGCAGUGCUCGUGCCGGCUGGUUGCCCGCAUCAAGUCAGAAACCUCCAGUCGUGCAUGAAGGUGGCAGUAGACUUUGUGUCGCCUGAGAGCGUGUCAGAGUGCGUUGCACUCACACACGAGUUCCGAAUGCUGCCCUCUGAUCACCGCGCCAAGGAGGACAAGCUCGGGGUGUACAACAUGGUGAUCAACGCAGCACAGAGGGCGCUUGCCUCCCUGCAACCUGACUCCCAGCCUACCGCAUCUGCUGCACACAACACUCGCAAGAGGAAAAAGACGUGA